UUUUUCCCCGUUUCGGGCUGGGCCAAGUCGAGCGCCACUCGGCGGCUCGAGAUGGGGUCAGGAUGGUGUGGGGUGGCAAAUUUUAGGGGGUGUUUUCCCCCAUUUGGCAACACGGAGCAUCGAGCGGCGCACAAAACCUAUUUCCACAUCGUGUGUCCUUGGCGCUUGGCGCACGGAGAGAGAGAGCACACGGUCGUUUUUAGAAGUUGCAGUGAACGCAGUGAACGUCGUCGCCUUUGGUCUGCUAUACAUUAUAUAUACCAGUAUCUACCAAAAGCGAAUUCGUCGAAGUGCCGUGCAAUAUGUUGGCCCAAUAGAAUAACCACCUAGAUUGAGCAAACCGCAUCUCCGAAGAGACAGUCUGCACUAAAUCCUAUCCAGCUCAUCCAUAUUAUCCCCUAAAAACCUAAAAAAACAAUAAAAUGUUCUCGGGACUAACGAAUCAGGUCAGUUCUUGGAUGGGCUCUGCCAAGGGAGAGCAAGAGGAGAAGGUUCCCACGCCAACGGAAAACAUCGCCACCGUUGAAGCCGAAUUCGAGAAAAAGGAGACAUACAGUCCUACAAAACCGGGAAAGCUGGAAAUGUUCUCCAACGUGAAAAACCAAAUCGAGGGAAUCGGAGGGUGGUUGGGAUCCAGCAUCCCUAAGCUCAGGAAGGGAGAGGGUGAGGCCCAGCAGCCUGCACAGGAGGAUGUCCCUACUGCGUCCGAUGUUUCUUUAGCCGACAAUUCUAAGGGCUUUGCUGCUCAGAAGACCGACGACGACGACAAUUCCAGGCUUUUCAGUGCAACUGGUGGGGCCGAUUCCGGUCCCGGAUCGGCGGCCGAUUCCCCAGUUGAGGAGGUCAAGGAAGGACAGUUUGGAAACGUUCAAAGCAAGGCUUUGGCCGGCGCCAAAUCUUUUGGAAGUUUCAUCUACUCGGCUGUUAACAAAGCCGGGAAAACUGUAAGCGAGGCCAGCGCCAAGAUUAAGGAAACUGUUGAAAAAAAUACCAUUUUGGGUGAUUUCAACAAGGAGCAGGAAGCGUUUUCCAAGAACCAAACCGGUGGCUCCUCUAACGCUCUACCGCCGUGGAACGGCUGCGCCAACGAGGAGGCUCUAAAGGAGGAGUGUUUGACUCUCUCCACCGAUAAGAGAAACUUUGUCAGAAGUCCUCCCGCUGGAGUCGACUUCCACUUCGACUAUGACAUUUCCUAUCCGGUUGCCAUGGCCAUCAUGGAGAUGGAUCCGAACUUGGAGAAGAUGCGCUACGAUCUUGUUCCCAAAUUGAUAACUGAAGAAAAUUUCUGGAGGAACUACUUCUAUCGCGUGAGCCUAAUUUGCCAGGCCAACGAGUUGACAUUUAUGCCACGAGAAGGCGACAACCAGUCUGGUGAGAGUGCUUGCGAUCAACCUUUAGAUGCAAAAUCGAAUGAAUUUAUUUCCGACACGUUGCAAGCGUCAAAACAAGAUAUAGAUGAGGUUAGAGAAGGCAUGAAAAAGUUAGCGCUUGGUCCCAAGAACGCUGAAGGAUGGGAGGAGGAGCUGGAGGCCGAACUUCGGGAUUACGAAGUUGUCGGGGAGAAUAAGUAUUCAGCGACCAGAAACGUGAAUUGGCAAGAGGAUAUCGAUGAUAUUUUGGACGAGAAAGAGAAAGACCUCAAGUAAAUGCGCCCACUGUUCUUCUUCUAUAUCCCUUAAGGGCCUAAUACGAAGCGCGCCCAUUUAUACAAUUUUUUGUUAUAUAUUUUCUAUUGUUUAAUUAUAAGAUAUUUAUUGUUAGAUUUGUAUUCAGUGUACAAGACGGACUGAUUUUUGUUUCUUUACAUAUGGGACUUACUUAGCUUUAAAGUCAAU